GACUGUUGCUUGCUUCGUUGCUUACUUGCUGUGCUGGUUUAGACUUGAUUUGACUUUGACUGCCGCGCGUUUUGCAACCUUGGAAUACCCGUUUUACGACAUGCGAUGCUUUUUGUUUUUUUGUUUUUUUUUGUUUUUCGCUCGGUGGCUUUCUUAUUCUACUCCUUCUACUCCUUCUUCUUCUUCGACUUCGACUUCGAAGACUCAUACAUUUCUUCUCAUCUCCAUCUCAACAAAUCACACUCACUAAACUCUCUCUCAUUAUCGACUUUUUCAUUUCUCAUCUCUCCUUGUCUUUACUUUACUUUGGGCUCCUGGUGUUUUUUUUCGCGAUACUCCAUCGCCUGCUUUCAGAUUUCCUUCUACUCGACUAAAUCGUCACACACACUCACUAAAAUAACUACAAUCACUACACUUGUCACUACACUUGUCACUACACUUGUCACUACACUCACUGCACUCACUACACUAUCUACACUCAACUGAGUACACUACUCUCACUAGUUUCCUUAAAAUGGGGUUUAUAUAUCAUCGGGGAUCAAUUUGUUAACGCCCGGGUUUGGGUUCGGUUUUCUUUGGGGUUCAGAAUGUCUUUGCUUCCUGUCGUCCGUCUGUCUAUCCUGUGUUG